UUCACGUUUUCAAGCUUGUCUUCUUCGACCAGUUCUCAAUCAGACAUAUUUUUAAAAUAACAUAUUGUGUGUGCAAGAGAGAGCAGGGAAUGGAGCUGUCACAGCAUGGCUUCUUGGAGGAGUUAUUAACUCCGAGAAGAGACACCUUUUCAAAUGGAGUGACCGAGUUCUUCCCUAACGGAUGGAACCUCGACUCUUUUGAUCAAAAUCCCACAUUGGCCACAACCCCAAAUCUUUCCUUUCUGGGGUUCUCCACAGCAACAGAUGAAAACCGUAGCUUUGAAUGUCAUUUCAACGAUCAUCAGCCCUACCCUUUUGCAGCUGAUGCAUCAUUUACGGUGCCGGAAAUGGAUUCUUCAACCUCCAUUUUUCCAGCUGCUCAUGAAGACUACCCAUCGAUGGUUGACGAUGAAGAUCAGUUUGGCCUUCUCAGCACCGACCACCAGCAACACAGCUUGGAGGAGAUCAUGAGCAGUUGCAAAGUCGAGAUGGAGCAAAGCAGCAACAUUCAGGGUUUCAACAUGGACUUGGCGGUGGAGAAGAAGACCAAGUGUAAGAGGUUAGAAGGUCAGCCUUCAAAGAAUCUAAUGGCAGAGAGAAGAAGAAGGAAGAGGCUCAAUGACAGGCUCUCAAUGCUCAGAUCAAUUGUCCCCAAGAUCAGCAAGAUGGAUAGAACAUCUAUACUUGGAGAUACCAUAGAUUACAUGAAAGAGCUUCUAGAAAGGGUCAAAAAGAUGCAGGAAGAAGAAACAAAAGUGGGGUUCAAUCAUUUGAGUAUAAUGAACAACAUGAAGGAGCUAAAGCCAAAUGAAAUGAUGGUGAGGAAAUCCCCCAAGUUUGAAGUUGAGCAUAGUGAAACUGAUACUCGAAUCGACAUCCGGUGCGCCACCAAACCAGGGUUGCUCCUAUCAACCGUGAACACGUUGGAUGCACUAGGCCUCGAGAUUCAACAGUGUGUGAUAAGUUGUUUCAAUGAUUUUUCAAUGCAAGCUUCUUGCUCAGGGGUUGCAGAGCAAAGGAACUUGAUGAGCUCUGAAGACAUAAAGCAAGCAUUGUUCAGAAAUGUAGGCUACGGAGGAACAUGUCUAUAGAGUUCAUAAGAUUGCCAUCUAACAAAGCCUUUAAGGGAUGAGAUUCAUCUGAAUCUGUAACAACAUUUUCCUAUUCAUAUAAGCUCAUUUAUCAAAUCAAUCUCACAACCCGCCCUGAAUUAAUGUUACCCUUGUUGGAGUAUGUUGUAAUAUAACUAUCAUUUCUCUCUCUUUGACACUGUUAAAUGGUUGAAAAAAGAAAACAAUUUGUUCAUUUUUUAAUGGAACAAGGAUGU